AUGGAUUGUGUCGAAUAUCUCAUUUCAUGUGAAAUAUUCCGUCAGAUCUUAGAAAGUGUUCAGUAUUUGCAUGAAUUGAAUCCACAGAUCAUUCACAGAGACCUCAAACCAGAAAACAUCUUAAUAGCUGAAAAUAUAAGGAACGGUAGAUUUGUUAAGUUAUGUGACUUUGGAUUAGCUGUGGAGCACAUUACUGCAUCUCAGAGUCACUCUAAAAGUAAGGGAACUCCUAAAUAUAUGGCACCGGAAUUGCAUCAAUCAAAGUAUACGACAAAAUCAGACAUUUAUAGUUUGGGUAUAAUUUCUAUGGAAUUGUUUGAUAUAACCUUAGAAGAGGGCGAUCUGGAUAAAUACAAAAUAGGGCCACUUCACCCGAAUAUUGAAAAUGCUCUAGCAAUUCAACUUGACAACCAGAUGUCAACCCUAUUGGAUAAGUUUCGCAUUUGCGAAACAAUUAACACGGAUAUCAAAAAGGAAAUCAAGUUAUUUCAUGUUUUCAAUGAUUGUAAUAAUGAGAAUAUACUGUUUGUCACAAACAAUGACUGCGUGUAUGGUAUGGGCGCUAAUGGUGAGGGGUGUCUGGGUUUGGGUCACAAUAAUGGCGUCAAAACACCACAAAUUAUACCCAAAUUAUGUGAUGAAAUGAUAAGUGAUAAAUGA